AUGACAUCGGCCUCAGAGCUCCGUGCCCAGAACGAGCACUUGACGCGUGAGGUCCACGCACUGCUUCGCCUCAACUCGGUGCUCGAGAUCGAGGCGAACGAGCUCGAAAGCGAGUGUAGUGCACUGCAUUCGAUCGGCAUGGAGAACGUGGAGACCCUGGAGCACGAGCUCAAGACAAUGGACAAAGAGCUCACGUCACUGCAGUCGCAGUGCGAGUCCAUCACGGAGAUCAUUAAGAAGGAGGUCGGGGGCAAGCUGUCGCCUGCUCUUCUCCACACAAUCCAGCGUGUCCGAUGCAUGACAAUGCCGCGGCAAGAACGGGCGUCGUCAUCCAUGGCGUACACUAGCGUUCCCAAAGCUGCGAGCUUCACGGUCUCAGCAGCCGACAAAAUGACUCUGGACGGCCCUACGAUGCACAAGGACAGUCCUCCCAUUUUGUCGUACGCGAACGCCGCGUCCGGCGCCCUUCGGAGUCUGAUCUCGGCGACCCACUCGCACUAUGGGAAUUUCCGGAAACGCAGCAGUCGCAAGCAUAACGACAUCGAAGUGAUCUAA